AUGUGUCCUAUGGGGAGGGGCAUCAAACGACUCAAAUAUGAAAACCGUCGCAGGUCGGGGCCGCACCAACCCAUCAGCCCUUACCUGAAUUCCCUGGCGUACGGCAGCCAUGAGCUGCUCGGCGGGCGGCGUAGCGCUGCGGGGACUUCGGGGGGCAGAGGACUGGCAGCCGGGGCGUCCGCGGCGGUGCAGGAGGCGCAUCAGCGGCUGGAGAGGCUCCUAGGGCCCCAGCAGCAGCUGCAGGGUACGGGCACAUCGGGAUCCGUGAAACGCCCCAUUUCAGCUCCCUUGACCUUCGGCGCACCGAUAGGCGCGACCAGUGGCGUCGGUGGCAGUGGCAGUGGCGCUGGCGGAGGGGCUUCCAGCAGUGCCGCCGUCAGCGGGUCCAGCGGCCACCGCGGCACGACCUCGCGGCCGCGGCCGGCUUCCGCUAGCCCGCUGCAGUCGUCAGGCCCUAAGGGCUUCUCAUCCGCCGGCCUCGCGGGCGGCGCCCCGGCUGGCGGCAGCGUCUCGCUGCUGUCCACGGCCCCCGCCGCCAUGUGCCAGGUGUCCUCAUCCUCAGCCGCAUCCAACCACCGGGUGAGCUCCAGGAGGGGCCACUCGGCAGCAGAGCAGCCAAGCAGCGGGGUCACGGGGGUGAUCAGCUCGGGACACAAUGUCGCCGGGGCCUCCGCUGCUGACGGCGAUGACAGGGGUGCCAAGGCCCGCCUGAAGUCGCCGGCGGGCGGCAGGAGCACGGUGAUAGCCAAAGAAGCUCUCAGUGAGGCGGUGUUGGGGUCGUCUGCCGACGUUCUGCUGGACGGCAGCGCAUCCAUGCCCACACUGCUGCCGUCAAGCCUUGCGUCCGCGUCGGGGUCUGGGAGCGGCGGCGGCAGUGCGGUGGUGGGGAUGUCGGCGAUGUCGUCAGGCCGCGGGCGGUCCCAAUCGGCCGCUCUGACGACGUCCUCCUCUGAGAAGCUCCUGGGCGCCAGUCGGCUAUCCCUCACCACCACCACGGGCCGCAGCGCGGGUCAAUCGGCGUUAAGAAGUGCGUCACCCAGCAGCAGCAACUCCCCCAAAACGAGUAUCGCUGCAGGAUCUGGAUUUGGGUCUGGGUCGCACGGGUCACUAGGGUCAGCCACGACUGGGGCAAUUAAGUCACGGGCGCAGACGCGUCGCAGAGAGAGCGGGGGGGAUCCGUCCGGGAGCAGCGGCACGGGCGUAUCCAGUUCGGGGGCAGAUGGCGCUGGCGGCGGCCGGACGGCCAUGGCGGCAGCCGGAAUGGCUGCGGGCACCACCACAACGCUGAAAGUGGGUCAUGUGGUGGACACUGGUCGGACAGCUUCAGGCGGCAGGGGUAGCGGUAGCGGUAGCGGCGGGGUCGGGUCGCGGUCGGCAGGGCCGGAGGGCCGCACGCAUCGCAGCGGCGGGAGCAGCCACGGCCAUUCCGGCGACGGCAGUAAGGUCCGCACGGCGACCACUGGGGGGGAGCGUCAGCAUGUCCCGGGGCCCCGGUCGCCCACCUCGCCGUCGGGUCCCGCUGCAGGCCCCGCUGCCGCAGGGAAGGCGGUCGGCGGCCGCUCAUCCUCGCGCAGUGCUGUAGGCAGCAGUGGGGGCGCCAAAACAGCGACACCGGGUGGUGGCAGUGGCAGUGGCAGCAGCAAGGUCGCUGCCAGGGUCAGGCGGUCGUCUUCAGGUCAACACGAGCCCAUGGGUGCCGCAACCGCGGGGACAUCGGGUGGCUUGGCGGGAGAGUUCGUGCUGACAGGCACCGCAGGGGCCAGGGGCAGCGGCGCAGCAAGUGGCGGCGGCGGCAGCACCAGCAGUAGCAGCAGUAGCCUUUACAACGGUGGCGCAGGAGGGCGGCCCUCCUCGUCUGAGCGGAGUCGGCGCCGCUCUACUGCGACCAACACUACCACCACACCCACACCCGCAGCCACCACGGGUCGCCCCGGGGGUGUGGAAGCAGUGGCAGUAGCAGCAGUAGCAGGUGGCAACACCGGUGGACACGUCAUGGGUCCUGGCGCCCAGUUUCGGGAUGCCGCCGCCAGCCAUACCUCCUCCUGGCCCUCCCCCAUGUCGUUAACCGGCGCAGCCUCGGUCUCCGCCGCCGCCCUCGGGGACAGCACGGGACACCGGAUUAAACCUCCUAGCAUCGACCUAUCGGCUCUCAUGGCGGCAUCUGCCGGCUCCGAAUCCACACCGGGAGCGGGGAAGCACGCUGCCUACGGCGCCGUCGAACCCGCGAAACCAUCUGUCGCAGGCGCUGCCGCCUUCCUGUCUGGCGGCCGCCGCGCCUCGAGCGGCGAUUUCCCUGCCAUGACAGAGGCUCGUGCGGCUCCCCCCCUGUCGCCCACACCGGCGGGCUCGUCGGGGGAUGCCGGCCGCUUCCAGGUACCCGGGUACCUGGACGAGCAGGCUGCACCGCCGCCGCUGCUCCUGCUGCCCACCCGCUCACCGCUGCAGUCACCACGCUCAGUUCUGGGGCUGCCCCGUCGGAGCCGGGGCGGCCUCGGCAGCGGAAGCGGGGGGGCGCUGUGGGCCAGUGGCGGCGGGCUUCCCGCGGCUUCUCGCUGGGCCCGCAGCCCGCCGCUCCCGUUGCCGUCGGAUGACAGCGCGGCCCUCUCGGCUGUGUGCAGUGGGGUGAUGCCGCCGUCAGCCGUCGUGAUGCACGACCUGCAGGCGUCGGCGCACGGUCUGAUGCUGCAGGGCCGUCGGUGAUCACCGAAGCCCCUGGAGCUCCCCACCCGCUGCGAAUACCGGAGUGGCUGCAGUGAAAAGCUGCCAGCAGAACUACCUGUCAAAACACACAGUCACCGCACCUGGCCUGCACUUCGCUGGGCGGCUAGUGCGCGCUGAGACCGCUAGCAACACCCCCUGUGUGUACACCACGAUGGACACGCCCCACCCGCAAACGCCGGGCACCUUCCUCGACACGCCGCACUGCUUGUUGGUUCGCUAAC